CCGCAGUGCAAGUCCUUGCAGAAAGCCUUCCGGGAGUGACCCUACCCCUCGGGGCCCGGGUCGGACCCGCUUGAGUAGGGCUCUUCUGGGCUAGAGCUUCAGGAGAGAUGCCCUCCGCGGCCAAGCUUCCAGGGGCAGGUAGCCGGCGAGGGGAAGCCCCGACCUUAGAGUCGUACACGCACACUCUUCCCAUACUGCCGAGCCCUGCAGAACCGGCGGCGGGAACCGAGACCGGGUCUGAGUCCGUGCAACUCUCCGCAGUCCAGGGUUGCCAAGCGCCGUGACGAGAAAAACUACGCUCCCCACAAGCCCUUGCGCCUCCGGCUCGCUGCGGUUGCUUAUGGCCAAUCGGGAGAAGCAGCUGUGGCGGGGGCCGAGGAGGGACAUUUUAAAAGGGCCGGAGAUUGCAGGCGUCAGUGGCCAUGGCGGAUACAGCGACUACAGCAUCGGCGGCAGCGGCUAGUGCCGCUAACACCUCGACCGAUGCACCUCCUUUCCAGCUGGGCAAACCCCGCUUCCAGCAGGAUCCCAUCCAUGAUCCCACAGUACAUUUAGUUGUCAUGUCUCAGCCUCCUCUGACAUCGUUCUAUGGUCGCCUCAGGCACUUCUUGGAUAUCAUCGAUCCUCGCACGCUCUUUGUCACUGAGAGACGUCUCAGAGAAGCUGUGCAGCUGCUGGAGGACUACAAGCAUGGGACCCUGCACCCAGGUGUCACCAAUGAACAGCUCUGGAGUGCACAGAAAAUCAAGCAGGCUAUUCUACACCCAGAUACCAAUGAGAAGAUCUUCAUGCCCUUUAGAAUGUCGGGUUAUAUUCCUUUUGGAACGCCAAUUGUAGUUGGUCUUCUUUUGCCCAACCAGACACUGGCAUCCACAGUCUUCUGGCAGUGGCUGAACCAGAGCCAUAACGCUUGUGUCAACUAUGCAAACCGCAAUGCUACCAAGCCUUCCCCGGCGUCCAAGUUCAUCCAGGGCUACUUGGGAGCUGUCAUCAGUGCCGUCUCCAUCGCUGUGGGCCUUAAUGUCCUGGUUCAGAAAGCCAACAAGUUCACCCCGGCCACCCGCCUUCUUGUCCAGAGAUUUGUGCCGUUCCCUGCCGUAGCCAGUGCCAACAUCUGCAACGUGGUCCUGAUGCGGUAUGGGGAGCUGGAGGAAGGGAUCGAUGUCCUGGAUGGUGACGGCAACCUCGUGGGCUCCUCCAAGAUUGCAGCCAGACACGCCCUGCUGGAGACGGCACUGACGCGAGUGGUCCUCCCCAUGCCCAUCCUGGUGCUCCCCCCGAUCGUCAUGUCCAUGCUAGAGAAGACGGCUCUCCUGCAGGCACGCCCCCGGCUCCUCCUCCCUGUGCAAAGCCUUGUGUGCCUGGCAGCUUUCGGCCUGGCCCUGCCGCUGGCCAUCAGCCUCUUCCCGCAGAUGUCAGAGGCGGCAGGAGAGGAGCGAAAGGUUAAUGAGGCACUGUGCAGCGGGAUUACUGCGCGGACGGGCGGGCGGCGGGCAGGCGAGCCAGCCGUGGUAACAGGGAACUAAUUAGGAGCAGUUUAACAGGAGGAAAAAGUGAAAUCUCCUCUUCACCAACUGUCAAUAAUUAGCUGAUUUGGUGAGGUUGAAACGUGUCCACAGGAAAAGGUGGAGCUUUCCUGGGGACAAGUGAGGCGUGGGGGAGAGGCGGCCACUGCAGGCUCUGGCCCGUCCAUAGUGGGGUUGGGGCUGGGGGUCACUGUGCAGUCCCCAGGCCCAUCCUCCUCCCUCAGGCUCAACUAUCCAUAAGACUUUGUCCUUAACCUCAAAGGCCUCAAUUUCCCCAGCCAUAGGGAGGUAGAACUACGUUUCUUCCUGGCUCUGGCCAUUAGGAUUCUUAGAAGUGAAACCACAAGACCAGGCCUGAGUUCUAGAGCCCAGUUGGAAGAGCCAGCAGCAGGCUGUGUGAUCUUAAGUCAGAUGCUGACCUUUCAGGUGUCUUGUCUGUAGUGUGGGCUUGCCCUCUGAGAGCCCCCUCCUGUGGCCUGGCAUGACUCAAGAAUGCUGCCAAACAGUAUUGAGCAGAGCCUCCCCUUCCUGGGAACAUGCUUUGUAGCCCCGGGACGCUCACUCAGAUCUUCUGGCCUCCCAGCAGCAAUAGGGACUGUCUUGGGGUCAGGGGAAAGAUGGGCUAUGUGCCUCUGGCUGGCUGCAGGUGGAGGAGAGAGCUCUGGCUGCUUCUGUGGGACUAGGGGCUCUUGAAGUGUGUGUGUGCCUCUCCUCCCUGCACUGGCUUUGCAGGUGCCAAAGGAGGAGGCAAGGAAUCAGGUUCACUAGUAGGUAGGGUUGUAUCCUGCCAGGCCCGUUUGUUCUGUUGGUCUGCACUGCAGUUGUUGGUUUGUUGGCCUUUGCUCUUUUGCUAUCCCCUGAUAGCUCAGCAGGCUACCCCCUCUUUCACCCUCCCUCUGCCAGACUCCUUGCCUGGAAGAAAAGAAAAGCCCCCAGGGCUUCCUGCUCAGAGCCUCCCAUGUCAACCCUGCCAACCCCACCCCCACCCCCAGCCAAGCCUCUCCUCACCUCAGCCUUAGAGGAUCCAGGGUGCCAGAAGGCAUGUUCUGAAGAAGGCUAAGACCCUCAUCAUAUCUUCAUACCACUUACCAGCCCCAUCUCACCAUGGCCCCUAGAGGGUGGCUCUUAGAAGCCACAUUCAUACUGCAGAGGAGGUACCUGAGGGUCAAGUUCAGCUACACCCUUCUCAUUCCCUACCCUCUACCCAUCCUUGGUCUCCCUUGCAGUUUGAAGAGUUAAGAAACAAAGGCAUGCCCUCCCUGUAUGGGGAAAGAAUAUGGGUAACGCCAGUGGGCAUCAGAACCUCUUCCAUCUCUCUCCCUAUCACCAGCUCUGAAGAAAAUGGUAGUUUUCAUGAACCAGCUUGGCUGGAAGCUGUGACUCACCAGAAGCCAAUGUCUCCCCCAGCUUGCCUCUCUUUCUCUGAGAAAGCAUUCGAACUCCCAACCAAGAAUGAGGAAGAGUUGGGAAUGAGCUCAGUUCUACAUUUAAGCUGUGCUAGAAAUGACUCCUCCAGCAGGAAGUCUUCUCUGAUGAGACCCACUAGGAUCUGUCUCACCUCACACAUGUAGACUGUGGUGACCUGUGUUUCCUCUGUCCCAUGUAUCUCCUCAGGACAAUUGUCCUUUCUCCCUCCCUCAAUGCAUAGGUGUCCCUGAGGCUGAGAAUUAGCACUCCAUCAACACCUAAUAGGAGCAUGGCUCCUCUGGGCUUGCCUUGACUUUGCUGGUCCUUGCUUCUGCUCUUCCAGUCCCCAUGUGAGGCCAGAGGCAAAGUCUAGGGGGCAUUGUGUCCCUCCUGAGUCCACAGAGGUUCACCUUCUCCCAGAGCAGGGGCCUUUUCCCCUCUAAUCUCAAAUCCAUCUCCCACUUUGCUUGGAGAUGUUUGUUUGGGGUUUUUCUCAUUUACUGGUUUAAUCAGUCUCUACUGAACUCAAAGUGGGCUAUUUUUGCCGUCAGAAAUCUGCCACUUCCCCGCCCGCUGCUUUCUUGGAGUUUGCCCACAGGACCCCCCAGGAGGGAUGGAUGGGAAUGGCAGAGCCACUCAGAGCCCAGGAACGCCAACGCCACCUGUCAUGUUGCCUGUUCCCCACACCCCCGGCCCAAACCUGCACGUGCACACAGGCCCACACAUGAACAUGCACACACAUGCCCCAGUGACAGGCCCCAGCAGGGCCACCUCUCAGCCUAUCCCUCCUGGUUCUUUCUAGGACCUUCUAGAAAGCCUCUCUGAAUUCAGGACAGGGAGGGAGAAAGCUUGGUUUUGCAAAGCUCCUGCUGAGAGAACUAAAAGCAUUAAUUUGUGUGAAGGAUAGGACGUACCUGGCCCACCAGCAAGGGCUCAGCCUUUUGAACCAUGAGGGGAUGCCAGUGAGCAAGCCUGGGCUCUAGGAUAGCCAUGGGGUCCAGCCUUCCUUAUGCAGCAUCACACAGGUUUUCUAAGCUUCCACGGGGCUCUCUUACCUAUUUCUUGAUAUUGUCCUUAUCUCAGUCCCCAGAAGUAGAAAAUCUUCCCACCACACUCACGAGGAAACUGAGGCCUCAAAGCCCAGAAGAUGGAGGAGAGAAUGAUUCUGAGAUUGGCCCACCAGGGGGCACCCAGGAGCACAACAGACCUCCAAAAUGGGGAGGGGGUCUGAGCCUCCCGGGGUACACAUUGCACAGGGGCGAUGGAAGAGUGUUAAGACUGGAUCCCUGCUCCUGGGGAGCUUUGGUUCAGUUUGAUUUGACUUUUAUCAAGGACCAACUGGCUUAAACGGGGGUGAGGUGGGGGACUGCUGUGUUCAGACGAUUAGUGAAAAGAUGGCCUGUGACUGGGGAUGUGAAGGAGAUGGAAAUAAGUGCCAGGGGAACCAGAAGCAGCAGCACUGGCUUUGGUCUGAGAAGGUCAGGGGAGACUUCCUGGAGGAGGCAGCCUUAGAAGGUUAGCAUAUCGCUGGAUGCAGGCCUCAAAGGCUAAACAUACAAUGUACUGGAAACAGAGAGCAUCCAAUAGGUGAGGAACCUAGAGAAGGUCCCAGAAGGCCUUUAGUGUCUUUAGGCCUAAGGAAGGAAGCUGAUGUUCAUUGGGAAGGCAGCAGGAGCCCAGAGCCCGCAUCAGAGGGCUGACCUUAGGGGUCCGGGCUCAGGCCUCAGCUGCUCCCCAGCCUUGUCCUGACACCCCUGCCCUCCAGGACACCUGGAACAGUUUCACCAAAGAUGGAGCCUGGACUUAAGUGUCUGAGCAGGACCUGAGGCCAGCUCAGCCCCAGAGAGAAAGAGGGGGUGAGGUGUGCUGCCCAGUAGGUCCCAGGCCCGAAAGAGACCUCAGGCGCUACAGGGCCAGUCAGGUGCUGACCUGGACACUGGACCCCAUGUCCAUGUCACCACCACCUGCAGAUGCUCAGAAGCCCAGAACCCUGGCCAAGAGCAGGAGGCAGCUUUGAGCUGUGUCACAGGGUCACACUGAAUAACCCCCCCUCUCAGCCCUUGCCUUUGAAAAGGAGGCAGAAAAGCCACCAGAAGAAAGGCAAGGAGGAGGAAGUUCUUUGUAGUAGGUAAAAGCCCCUGAGAAUGGGGCACAGGCCAGGGAUCCAGUUUCCUGUUUAUGUCUCAGCACCUUAGCUCCAGGUUCAAAUAUGUAAACUAUCUGCUGGCCGCUGGCUGCAGGUGUGUGUGCUCCCAGGCUGUGUGGAGGCCCGAGGUGGCCCCACAUGCAUUCCUGACUCUGGCCCCCCACCCUAAUGAGCCAGGAGACAGAGGCAGCUAGCUCAGGGUUAACCCUUUCUGCACCAAGGAAGGCCCUAUCAGGCUGCUCUGGGGGACUCUGGGGCCA